CCACAGGGUGUUGGCUGUGACCUAUUUGAUGGCUUUUGGUAUGUCACAGACUUGAGUUUUGGACCUGUUCAGGAUAAUUCCCUUAGUUGUGCUCAAAAUGUUGAAUUUAGGCCCCAGUUAUUUGCAUUAAAGCACCUGAAAUCACUCUCAUUCUUCAAUUGCUUUGUCCCACCCCACCAUUAUCCUGUUGCAAUUCCUAUUGAAAAUUGGCAAGCUUUUGCUGGCAGCUUAGAGUCACUAGAGUUCCGGUCCAAUCCCGGUCUCAUUGGACAAAUUCCACUCUCUUUUGGGUACCUCAGAAAUCUCCGGUCGUUAGUGCUAUUAGAAAAUGGAUUGACUGGUGAAUUACCGACGUUCAUUGGAAACUUAACUAAGUUGAGGCGGUUAAAUCUUGCGGGGAAUUCAUUUGCAGGUGGAGUUCCAGUUAAUUUUGGAGGGCUAAAUCAGCUUCUGAUCCUUGACUUGAGUAGGAAUUUACUGUCUGGUCCCUUGCCUUCAACAUUUGGUGGGUUGACUUCUUUAUUGAAGCUUGACUUGAGCAACAAUCAAUUGGAAGGAAAGAUCCCACAAGAGAUUGGAAAAUUGAAGAAUCUAACACUAUUGGACCUCAGUAAUAACAAAUUCUCAGGUUGGUUGCCCACAUUAUUUGAAGAAAUGAGUUCCUUGGAACAAUUAGUCCUAUCCAACAAUCCAACAGGUGGAGACUUAAUGAACCUCGCGUGGCAUAAUCUGAUAUGCCUAACCGCAUUAGACCUGUCAAAUACAAGCUUGACAGGUGGGGUUCCCGACUCGAUUUCAGAGUUAAAGAGGCUGAGAUUUUUGGGUCUCAAUGAUAACUUGCUCACAGGGGAAAUCUCCACGAAGCUUGAAACUUUGCCUAAUAUUAAUGCAAUGCACAUCUAUGGAAACAAUCUGACAGGUGAGCUUAAAUUCUCUGAAAGGUUCUAUAGGAAACUGGGGAGGCGUUUUGGGGCAUGGGACAAUCCAAAUCUCUGCUACCAAUCUGGUUUGAUAUCAAGAAUUAAUGUCCCGUUUGGGGUAAAACAGUGUCAGCAAUAUGAGAAUGAAACUGGCCUUGAUACACAUUCCAAGUUGGGUAACAAUGGGAUUUGGAAUACAGAAUCCAAUCCCAUGGUUUCUUUGGGAUGCUCAAUCUUUUGUAUUUAUAGAUUUAGGUACAUCUUUGUGUUUAUAGUUCUUUUGUUCUUUGAAUUUUCUCCAUAGGUUUUUACUUAAGGUGGCUAUACACCCUUUUUUUCAUUUUCA